GAAGCCUGUCCCGGUCCGCAUUGCUCGGCGCGUUCUUGAAGUCGACUGCAACAUACCCUUCGUCUGAGGACGCGCGUCACCCCUUAUGGCGGGUCUUCGAAGCUAUGGGCGACGGCCCAUCGCAGUCCUCUGGUCUAUCGUUGCCUUCCUCUCACUUCGGGUCCUGGUACGGGCUGCACCCACAGACGUUCCUUCAGCUGCGUCGUUCUACAUUACCAAUUUACCGGACUUGCACCAAGAUGAAGGUCACCCACUGCAGAUGUGGUCUGGGCACCUCUCUUCUGACCCCAGUCAGGCUUCCGCAAGCCCCACCGACGUUACGCCACAUUUGUUCUUCGUGUUGACGAAGGCAAGAAGGUCGGCGGAUAAGGAACGCGUCAUAUUCUGGUUCAAUGGCGGGCCUGGAUGCUCCUCCUUCGAUGGCCUGAUGAUGGAAGUGGGACCAUGGCGGGUAGAUGGCAAAGGUGGUCUCAAGACGCAAGAAGGCGGUUGGGAGGAGUAUGCCAAUGUCGUAUAUGUGGAUCAACCCGCCGGAACAGGGUUCUCGUACACUAGUACAGAUAAAUACGUUCAUGAACUUACGGAGGCCAGAGAUCAAUUCAUAAUAUUUCUACGGAAUUUCUAUCACGUGUUCCCCGAAUACAAAGGCAUGGACACCUAUCUCGCUGGCGAGUCAUAUGCGGGCCAGUAUAUCCCAUAUUUCGCGGAUGGACUGUUGAACUCGGACCUCGGCGUACCACUGAUGGGGGCUGCCAUCGGGAAUGGGUGGAUAGAUGGCCGGCACCAAUAUCCGUCUUUUCUCGAAUACGCCGUUAAGCAUGGCUUGGUGGACGAAAACUCCAACGAUUACAAACGCGGAAAGCAAGCGAUUGACAAGUGCAUCGACGAAAUCGACCGUCAGUUCAACUCCGAAUCACCGGAGCCCGUAAGCAUCGAAGAUUGUGAAGGCCUCAUGGCGAAAACGCUGGCGCACAAAGAGAGGGUCGUCGACGGUCAGAAGAUGUGUGUUAACAUCUACGACGUUCGUUUGGAGGACACGUCACCUGCAUGCGGGAUGAACUGGCCUCCGGAUCUUGCAGACGUUACCACCUAUCUAGGGAGAAAUGACGUCAAACGGGCUUUGCAUGCGACCGCGCACCAGUCUUCCUGGACUGAAUGCCACGGGCGCGUGCAUUCCCAACUACGGAACCGCAAGUCACACUCGUCGAUUAAGAUCUUGCCCAGCGUUAUCGAACGCAUACCUGUCAUGCUGUUCGCUGGUGAUCAGGAUUUCAUCUGUAAUUAUAUGGGCCAAGAGGCUCUCAUCAACGCUAUGACUUGGAACGGAGGGACUGGGCUCGGAACCGUACAAACGCAAACAUGGACUGUGAAUGAAAAACCCGCUGGCACCUGGGUUUCAGCACGCAACCUUACCUACGUCAAGGUUUUUGACGCAUCACACAUGGUCGGUUACGACGUACCCCACGUAGCACACGACAUGAUCCUCCGGUUCAUGGGGAUCGACUUUUCGAAGAUCACGGAUGGAAGCGCCAAGAUACCCAGCGCUGUUGGAGAGGACAAGAAAGUGAUGUGGGUGGAACAAAAGUCGGACAUACCGACCAGCGGUAAACCGCCGGUGAUCGACAAGGCGGCAUUGGAGGAGUACUUCAGUGCUGGUUCCGCAGCGCUCGUCCUCGUGCUCAUCCUUGCGGUGAUCGCUGGCAUCGUCUGGUGCCGAAUACGGCGACGACGCGCUCUGAAGUUGCCUGUGUCACUUCCUCUCAACCGCGGAGAUGUGGAGGAGAGUAUUCCGUUGCGCGGACAAGGGAAUGGACAUUCUGGUGAUGACGCGGACGAGUUCCGUCAGCGAAGUGCAAAAGGCAAAGAACGGGCCUUGGAAGAGCAGGAAGCCAUAUUUGAGGUGGGGGACAGCGACGACGAGGAUGCGAAGUCACCAGCCAGAUAG